AUGGCUGAGGUUCCGAAAGGGAGAGCCAGGUCCCCGUCUCGGCCUCCCCCGCCGCCCGCCAUUUUUUAUGGGCCGGUGGGCCCUGGGAACCCGGUGGUCGAUAGCUUCGAGAAAGACCUGCACGAGUGCCUGAGCUUCUUGCGGCGGAACCGAGAAGCUGAGAAUGAAGGCUGCAGGGCGCAGGAGCUGCACAGGCGAGGAGCAUCUAAUUUGUUUAACAUUUUGAACAAGUACAAACAUCGAUUUCCAGAUUGGUAUUACAAAGAAAAACUUGUGAAAGUUGGUGAUCAACUUAUGGAAAUAAAAGAAUAUAAACUGGCAGUUGUACAGUGCUAUAGGCAGUAUCUUCAACAAAUCAGUACCAUAGACAUCGAUAAGCUUGAAUUAGAUGUGCAUCAGUUUCAGUCUAUUUUUUUCCCAAAUGGAUUUAGAGAUAAAACAGCUGCAAUUACAUUCCAUGUGUUGCAAGCAAAGAAUGUUUGCAUGUACAGAAUUGUAUGCAACAGUGAUAUGGGUCUUCUGAAUCGGGAGUCUUUGAAGACAUGUUUUACAGUCUUGUCCAUAUUGCAACUUAUCAUGCAAAUGACUCUACCUCAUGAAGACUUGUGUUGGAUUGUCUAUAAUGGUACAAUUCAUAUGUACACCAUAUGUAGACAUUUGAUGACUGUUGGUCAGUCUGCUAAGGUGCUAGAAUAUUUACUUUGGGCUUGUGUAUGUAUGGAGUCAUCAGUUCCACUUUUAGCUGUAUACUACUUGACAUGGAGAACCACACUUUAUGUUGCUGUUUGCCAAUGUUACUAUGACUGCCAGUUGGGCAUUCAUGGAGAGGUAUUUGCACGCCGUGGUUUGAGCAAAAUUGAUGAACUAAAACAAAUGGAAAACAUGAGUUCUUCAUCAUUAAGUGUGGAAACAAAGCAAAUAUUCAAAGAAGCCACUGUGAAGAUGGCUGCAAUGAUCUUCAAAAGAUCUGUAUUUGAAUCUAGAAGAAAACCAAAAGGGAUUCUUCGACCAAGACUCAGAACUAAUCUUAGAGAAGCUCAAUAUCUGCCAUGGCCUCGAACAAUCACAGAACGGCUACUGCUGGAGUUCUUUGAUUGCAAUUCAUCUCAUUUUUUUGCCAUCCUGGAAGCUCUGUUUGAUAGAAAUAGGAGGACACUGAUCCCUAGUCCUCCUGUUCCUGAUGAAGUAGAAAUUCGUGAUGUGGUUUCGGAACUCUUUUUUGCAGGCAUGGAUGUUAUUUCAGGUGGUGUACAUGGAAUUGCAUCCACUGACCAUCCUAGUGUAAUAACCGCAUCAUCAUCACUUAUGGAGCUGAUACUAGCAGGGAAGAAUGCGGUUACUGGUGAUGCUACCUUGAGGUUUAUGAAGAUGGCUUUCAGCUAUGAAGAAUGGGAUGCAUUUGAUCAGGCAGCUGGAUUGUUUUCUACUUUUAUUAAGACUCAAGAAGAUAAGUCAGUAUGGAAGAAGGCAGAAGCAGAACUCAAACUACUACUUAUAAUGCAGUCUUUAUUGUCUCCAAGAAAGCCAAGGCAUAAUUUGUAUGUCCAAGAAAAUGCUAUCAAAGAUGUAGUUUUUGGUCGAAGUUCACGAAAAAGAUCCAUUGCAUUUCAAGUGUCAGGAAAAGCGGGAGAAACUACUGAUGAUCUUUUUCGAUUGGCCAAGACACUGUAUUCUUGCAUCUGUAAAGAGGUAAAGUAAAAUUGUCCAGACAGAGAAAUGGUAAUAGAUGCAAUGAUGUUUUUGUGGCAAAGGUGUAAGGUAGGAAUUCAGAAGAUCCUUAUGAGUGGAAACAACUACUUAAAGACUGCUCGUAAAUACCAAACCUCUAAGUGGGUUCAUAUUCUUUAUAUGCUUAAUGAAGUAAUUCACACAGUGAAUUUUGGAGAUGCUAAUGCUGUGGUGAUGGCUGAAGUUGUCUUACGUUUAACUGAAGUGAUGGAGAAUACAGCAGAAUACACACUCAAAUCUGAAACCCUAUCAGGUAUACUAGAAAAAAUGGACUCCAUGGCACUAUCAGAAUUCUGUAUUGGAGAUGUGCCUUCAUUGAUACAGAGAUCCCCUCCAGAACAACUGCAUUUCGCUUUUGAGUGUCUGGAUAGAGCAAUUAGUGCAAUGACCCAUGCUCGCUCAGUUUUACCUGCUGGGACAUCAGUAUUGGAUAGCUGUUGCAAAAAGCUGACAUUAAAUAAGCAAAAUUUGAAUGGGUCUGCAGAAAAUGAAACUGCUCAGAAAUCAAUGAUAGGAAACAAUUUUAUUAUGGAUUUACAUCUUGAACUUAUUUUGGUUCAGCAUCGAGUAGCUAUUAAACUACUUAACUUGGCACAAGACAACCAAUAUGAUAAAAGCAUUACAUUGAAUUCCCCUAUGAAAGAUGUGAACCAGGUUAAACAUUUAACAGAACAAGAUGUAAUGAAUAAAAUAAAAAAGAAUAAAUUGUCCAAGGCGCUCUUUCUGAUGCAGAAGGCUGUUCUGAUGCUUCCAGUAGAAGUAGCCAAUUCUUCUCCAAACCAGCUUCUUGAGGAAGCAUUAAUUUUAAUUCAGAAGGCAGAAGCUGAACAAAAUAUAUUAUGUACCAGUCUCCAGCAACCUGCAACUACUGUGAAAAGAAAAGUUCCACCUCCUCCUAUAUUGCUUUCCAGAUCUCAUAGUUUCAUGUUAUUUAAACCAGCUCCAUUUAUUUCGGAAGUGAAGGUUUCAUGGUAUGCUAUUUUUGGCUGUGUAGCAGAAGGAAGCAAUCCAAAAGUCCGGUUAAAUAAUUACAGUCUUCAGAACACUGCAGAACUGGUACAAGCUGAUGAUGAAAACUGUGUUUUAGAAGUAAAAGAUUUAGAACCCAAUGAAAAGUAUAUAUUUGCAGUUGCAGCAUAUUCCUCAGAUGGAAAACUCAUUGGUGAUGGCAUUGGGGAAACAACAAAGCCAGUUCUUGCAUACCCACCUCUUUCUGCUGCUACUGCCCGAGCGUACCUGAUUCAGUGUGCUUUUCAGACUGAGAACUAUAUGUUAUCCAAAAAGGCAUUUCAACCCCUAUGGAACUAUUUUGUCUCAGCUUCUCAUACUGCCAUUGCUAAUGCUGAAAUCAUUUCUAUAAGCAGCAGUUUGUCCAUAUCUCAGUACAGAUUGAUUCCUGAUACUCUAUGUCAUGCAUCUCCAAACCUUUUAUACCUGUUUCUCAGGAGCAUUUUUAUUAUCAAUGACAUCUGUGUGAAUGAUAAAGCUCUCUUCUCUGAUUCUGUUUCUUUCAAUGAGCUAAAAUACAGCAGACAGGUUGCUAGGUUAGCUGAAUGUGAGAGGAUGUUAGUAGCACUUGAACUCAGUAACUGGUUGAAUGAUAUGCAGUAUGCCCUGCAGUCUGUUGUUCAUUGUUAUGGCCUUAUAGCUCCCCUGAUCUUUCACAAGAUUCACUCAGUCCCACUUAUUCAGGUUCUCAUUAAGUUUCUCACAGUUCUUCAAGAAAUCCCUUGUACUACACUGCAAAGAAAAUCAGCAGAGUAUUAUGAGAGCAUUCAGCACAUGAUAGCCUGCUCUUCUUUUUUCACAGCAAAGGUACUGCGAUCAUGGAAAGAAUAUGAAUUAGCAAUAGUUAUUAUCAACUAUGGGAAAAAGUUACUGGAUUCCUCACAGUCCAUAACCUGUAUUACUACUGCUGGAGAAGGAGUGGAUGAAAUACUAGAAGACGAGACUCCUUCUAGAAGGCUAAAAUCACAAAUUGCUGCAGCUGAAAAAGUCAAUGAGAAUUUAGAGGCUCUGGAAAACACACUGCUGAAACUGACAAAACCAGGACAGGAACUUACAGGAGACGAAGAUGAACUGUGCUUGUAUCCUGUUGUUAAAAAUUGGCAAACAAAGUCUGCUUAUAAAGAAGUGAUGAAAUUUAAGAAGAGCCCUCGCUUCCUUGAAUUUUUUGUUCAGUUUUUGCUUAGAGUUGUUAAUGAAGAAAAAUUUUCACGAAUAAUAGAGUGGGCAGAUGAAAUACAAGACUACCUUAAAAAACGGAAUAAAUUCAUUCUUGGUGUCAAGCGGAGAAAAAAGCCAAAACUACUCAUAGAUGCAAAGAAGUAUACAUCAAUGGAGUUGCGCAAAGUGGCAAAGAGGAGAAAAGAUUUAUUGAAAAGUGGCUCAAAAUGCCAGGGCACAAGCAAAGCUCUUGAAGCGCAGAGGAGAGAAAAAGAAGCAUUACGAAGAAUAGGUUUCCACAUACUUGCACAAAAGCUGAAUUUUUAUGGAAAUGAGUUCAUAAAACGAAGAAGGUUCCAUCAAAUUUGUAUUGAAGAGAUGCCAUGGAGAGCGCAGAUGAACAUUUAUUUAGCAAUUGUUCAUUUCAGUUUGUUUAAGAAACGGAUAGAGGAGCUCUAUGAUACUGAAAUCCAUUCUUUACAGAAUUUGAACAGAUAUGAAGAUCUAGACCCCGAAAAAUUCUCCUUAAACAACUCAGGCACCAUAGUGGUGCGAGCAGCAGUACAGGAGGUAGUAAAGGUUAAAAGCACUCCAGUUUUAAAAGCAAUACCAUCAGGAAAAUUCAGGAAAAAAACUGAUACACUUAACCCUACUUCCCCCACCUUCUGCUCUGGUCCUUCCUUGCCUGCAUCUGACCAUACAUUACAGAGUGCUUCCUCAGACACUGAUUCCAGCUCAAGCCUACUUGACCACAGUAUCUGUCUCACUCCUGAAAGUGAUGCCAUGACGGAUCCCACCAGUCUGACUCAGCAUUCUUCUUUGGCUCUCAAUCCAGAUGAGACUUCUGAGCAUAGCAGUAAAUUGAAUGAAAAAGAUAUUCCUCGAUGCCAAUCAGCAAGCGACAAAGGGAGUAGUGCAGUCAAAGAACGUGAACGAGCUCAGGCUUUUAGUGCUGCGGUAGAACAUUUUACUAAACUAUUUCUCCAUCUCAGAAGAGCCGUGGUAAUUGCUCAUCGUGGUGGCCACUGGACAUUGCUUCAGAAUGCCUGCCGAAGCCUUUGGAACUAUACUCAGGAAGUACGAUUGAUUACCAAGAAUAUAGAAGCUUUACAUGGACCAUGUCUUAUUAGCAGGGAUGUUUUCCUUGACACCAUCUGGCUACCAUACUACAUGGCAUCAGAUUCAUUGCUUGAUAUGAUAGUUGAUCUCCAGUCUAGUAAUUCUAUUAAGAUUAUUGAAGCAGAAGGAGAUUUCUGUGUUCCAAGCUGUAUAGGAGGCAUUGCUGAUGAUGAAGGUGGUUUUAAUCUUUCUUUUGAAAAUCCAUUUGAUGAUGUGAAUGUUGUUGACUUGCGAGGAAUGCAUGAUUUGAUACUGCGAACUUUAGAAAUUCUGUUUCAUUUGAAGAAGUGGGAAUCCCUAGCAUAUAUAGCCAUGCAGUUUAACAUUCUUACACAUGAGAGAUAUACAGAGGUAGUGACUCCUCUGCUGGUGUUUGCUCAGAGACAGCUGCAGGAAAGAAUACAACAACUUAGUGACUUUGAAAACCCACAACUUGUUUCCAAGUCAGUUGGCUUUCUCGAUACUGGAAACAAGGCGCUCUGCAGACAUUUUAUUGCAACCAAACUACAUGCUGUUCAAAAACAUAAUGCAAGAUCUCUUGAUCACCAUUUCCACAGAACAGAUGAACAACAAGCAAGGUUGUUGUUUUCUGUUCCUCUGGAUGUGACAGAUUCACUGAAAUGUUUCCGAGAGAGUCUAGAAAAAUCAAAACAUCAUAGCAGAGCCCUUAAAUAUAGCAGGAAACUGCUUUCAUUAUUUCUUGCUAAUUCACAAGAACAUUUUGAAAGAUUAAGCACAAAAUCAGUAAGCCAGAUGAGUUUACAUGGAAAAGUGACUUUUAUUACGGGGGCUGAGAUGACAUAUCAACCAGAACCACCAGAUCUUUCUGAAGAAAGGUUUACUUUUCUCAGUAUGGUUGAAAGCAAUUCAAUUCCCUGGUCAAAACUGUCAGUAGUCGUCUCUUCAUAUGAGUAUACGCUUGAAGCUCUUCAAACAAAUGACCAGCAAGACCUCAGAGUGCAAGCGCUUCAUGAGCUUGGAAAUCUUCAUUUUUGUACAGGAAACAAAAGAGCUGCUUUCAAAUGUUGGUGUCAAGGCCUUGAUGGAGCCCUCAACAUAGUUGAUGCACUUCAUCAUUGGCAUGAGCUAGUUGACUUGUCAGAGAAUGCCAUUGGCAACUUGCCAAAUAGAUUUCAAGGUUACUGUGAGAAAUUCAUUGCUCGGGCCGGAAUUUGGGGAUGCAUACAAGGAGCUGUGUUAGCAGCUAAAAUCGCUCAACACAUCUUAUUAUAUGAUAUAAAAUUAAGAACCAAUGCUUGCAUUUUAUCUGCUGUUCUCUUCAAGUCUCUUUUUAGAGCUUCAUUACCACAUCCUAUAGCUGAUUGUGACUUUGCACAGUAUGAAAUAGAUGAAUUAAUUCCUGGAAUUGAUCUGUUUCUGGAUAGCUACAGAGCUGAUGUUGCAUCAGUUGUUGCAAGUCUGAGCUUCAUUAUGUAUGAACUGCAUUGUUGUAAGCAAAAUCUAAUAAUUUUGCCACUCUUUUCACUGUAUCAGUAUUUUGUUUCUGAAGUUUGUCGGAAUGCAAUUAAAUGUAUUGAAGGAAGGAUUCUCAAGAUAAAAGUGCUUACAAAUUUAGGAUUUUUCUCUGAUGCAUUCCAUGAACUGUGCAUUCUUAACUUUGGAGACAAAGUUCCCUGGAAACUGCCUGCAGGCUAUAAGGUUGUUCCAAAAUGUCAGACUUAUGAAAAAUUUGAUUCAUCAUUGCCUCUCCUGACGAUCGUAAAUCUACAGGCAAUUGAAGAUGUAUUUAACAGGCCUCUACAUUCAGUUUGGACUUCAUUGUGUGAUUCUCGAAUCAUAAAUAACUUAAUGUUGGCCAAAAUGCAUUUCAUUCUUUCCCUGUCUGCAACAAUAAAUUGCAUUCCCGAAAAGGUGAUGAAAGCAACAUAUUGCGUUGACAGUGAUACCUUACGAAAGGCAGGCAAAACCACACAUGCAUUUUUAAAAGGUUAUAUACCACCUGCAUUUAUAAAUGCAAAACGAAGUCCAACAGUCCUUAUUUUGGAACUUGAAAAAAAUAAAGAUAUCUUAAAUAUGGGAAUGCUAAAGGGUAUUUUAUUGGCAGAAGCUGAAGAAAGGAUCAGUUCCAUUUUUGAAAACAUACAGAAUAAAUAUGGCAGAAUGAUCUCUCAGUGUUCAGCAGCAGACUUAGAAACUGUCAUUGAAGCAAAGCUUCAGCUUGCAAAUAUUGCUCAACAAAGACUUCAGACAGCUUUCAGUGCUGCUUUGGCCUUUUCCACAAUAAAACUCCUUCAAGAUGCAGAUGUCUUCAAGAAAACAUCUGAUUUACCACAGGAUACAGAGAAAACAGAUGAGGCAUACUUUUCUUAUGUUUUCUAGCCAAAUGAACAUGUUGAUACUGAGGAUUCCCAUAUCUUACACAAUGUAAUAGCUCGGGAACGUAUGAAUAUACAUCUAUGGCUGAGGUGUCGUCUGGCUUUAGUGACUGCAAUUACAGCACAAAUACGAGGCAUUGAAACAAUGACAGAAAAUGAACUGGCAGAGUGCUCAUACCUGAUCCGUGAGGUACAAAUGGAAGCUGAAACAUUUAAUGAUGUUGAAAUACUUGCUGAAAUUACAAUGCAAGCUGUUAUGCUAGGCCUGCAAGAAAGACAACCAGUGACUGACAUUAAGCUUCAUUUACAGGAUGUAAUCAGAUUACUUGAAGAAAAGACACUGAUGUCACCUCCAGCUUCUUUAACAUUGGUGAAAAGUAUGCUUCUGUUAGCUGACAUUAUGUCACAAACACCAGAUGAAUUGAAACACAGUUCUAAAACUGAUCAACUAAAUUUAUUAAUUCUGGCACACAGAAUUGUCAUUGAACAGUUAUUUAUUUUGGGAGAAUCACUUAAACAGCAUGCAGAAGACCCAACAUUUAUGACUCCAUUGCUUCCUUUGAAAAAUGUAUAUCUGCCACAUAUCAGAUUACUGGCAAAAGUCAAACUGAGAAUUGGACAUACACUAGCUCUAGAAUUAUCUUGCUCAUCUAAAAUAAAUAAGUCACAGUGGCAACAAGCCCUCAAGCAUACAGAAACAGCAUUGGAACUUUGUAGAGCAUCACUACAAUGUGAAUUAGACCUGGAAGUAGAGAUUCUUUUUUGGAAAGGGAAGAUAGAGCAACAGAUCACUGUAAUUGCUAACAAUAAAUCAACAUCAGCUGUCGAGACUUUGCUGGAAGCUAUCCAGUUAAGUCUGCAGAAUUACCAAAAUUAUGGAUUAAUAAGAAGAUCAUACCUGGAGGUUGCAAUGCUGUAUUUUUAUUUAAUUACAGGCAAGGAGGAAAUUUCAAGCACAGUGAAGGGGAAAGCAUUCAAAGCAAAGGCCAUCAAUGCACGCUAUUCAAGUUCUGACGACUUUACAGCUUUGGAAAUGUACAGGGUGCAGGCCUGGAUUGCAAUAAGAGCUGCUGCCCAGGUCAGUGAAGCUAUUCUUGCUUACCAAAAAUUAAUCGGAAGGAAGGCCGUUAAAUUGUAUCAAGUGAGAGAGAGAGUCCAACGCAACAUCCCAGAAUUUGCCCUUCUGGAUCUCGGUUCUAGCUACAAGGACUACUUGACUGGUGGAUACGGAGUUACCUAUAAAGUCCCUUCCAUAGAGGCUUUUGCUCAAGGGCACGAGGAUUUUGAUGGAACUGAAAGUUUUUCAUAUGAGGAUUCCCAGUCUAGACUGAAGAUAACAUGGGUCCACUUAAUUCGCUACAAUACUUACUUAAACAGGCUCUUGAACGUGAGCCCCUUGCUUGCAGUUCCAAAAACAGCAGAAGGCUUGUUUGCUAAAGAAAAUAUGUUGUUCACGUCAGUGUUUGACAUAGGAACCACCCUACGCUUAGCAGAAAUGCAUUCUUUCUUAAAAAUCUACUUGCCUGUAUAUUCUGCCUGCUGCCUUCAGGAUCCACCCAAACAACUACAUAGUUUUGGACAGAUGCGUGGGAGCAUAGCUGCUCUUACAAAGCCUGCAUCAAGCCUACAGGAGGCCUCACAGAAACUGUCAUCAACGAAGAUAUCUUCCUCUACUUCUUGCAGCUCUCAGAUUGAAGGUUAUUUUGACAACAAGGCAACUUGUACUUCCCUCAAAGAACUUUGUGUGCAGUGGUAUCUUCCAUCUGUGGAGAAAUCAUCAAAAGGAGAGACUAUGGUUUUGUUUGUUUAUGCAUACAAUAUAAAACCAGUCAAAAUUAUCAGCAUCACAAGUUUCCAUUCAGACAGUGUGUUUUGUGGUUAUUUGUGGAUUCCACUGAACAGCGUUGUUGCUGUACGUGAAAAAUUGUCUAAUCUGAAGCAAAAAAUUGAAAUGUUAAUGCACUCAGCCAUGAUUCCUCAUAAGUCAAGUGAAACACACAGUUUUAUUUCACCAAAAUCCAGAAGUACUAUCUCAAGAGUGGUGAUUGAUAAAAAAACAGAGGAAAUGGUCAGGCAGUGUUUAUCAGAAAUCAAAUCCUUGUUGUCUGUUGGUCCAAAUCAGUCAACUCCAAUCAUUGAGAUCCCAUUUGAUAUCACCUUACCAGCAAUAAACAAUUUAUGGAAAUUAUUUGAUCCAGCUAAUGGGUGUGUGAUAACAGCAGGGGGCAUUUUCAACUGGAUAGUUUCUUUGCUCUCUUAAGCGAUCUUUCAAAACGAAAAUGUAUGUGCAUUUUAUGGAGUUUGAUCGUGUUUUGGAGUCACAUCUUGACAUAGUGAAAUAGAUAAUAAAUUGCUUGUUAUAGGAGACGCUCCUCUGUUUUUGAUAAAAUAUAUUAAGUAAUAAUACUUUAAGAAAUACAUAUGUAUGUAUUGUUGCACUUUGUAGUGUAUAACAAUAUUUUUCAACUUAAUUUUCUUAUGUUCUUAUGACUGUAAAAGGUUUUAAGCAUUAUUCUUUGUGAAUUGCAUGAUUCUAUUUGUUUCACUGAUAUGUUUCUUAUAAUAGAACUAAAUUAAUUUUGCCUUCUGAGAUAUUACAAGAUUUAAUAGUCUUCUGUGAUCAACAAAAAUUUGGUUUGAUUUUUUUAAAAGUUAAUACAUUAAGACUGUUUUACCAUUUACAUUAACUAAUUAAAAAUAAAUAAUCUAAAAUCAGAAACAAUGCUUACAUCAAUUUAUUUGUAAAUAUGCAGCAAAAUAGUAGCCUUUAGUGAACUGCAGCAUUUCACUGUAUAUCUUUUAUUGACAUCUGUAAAACUUUAGAUGUGUGCCUUUCAAUUUUUGCUUCCUUUGUAGUCUUGCUUGAUUAAAAAUAACAGGCACUA